GAGUGAGCUAAAGUAAGUGAUAGUGUGAGAAAGUGGCACGACCUUGUUAUGAUGGCCGCCACAUGAAAUGCUGGUUAGAUCCAUGUUAAGAUAUGGCCUGAUAUCGGCGCUCCGCUUCUUUACCUGUAGGAAUAUUUUUCUGAGUCCAUACCAACAGAUGUGGCUUAAAUCGAAAUUGCAUGGUGUCUUUUCCGUAUUAGCCCGAUCGAAACGGACGGUUCUGGUUGUAAUCCUCCUCCUCAUUAUCAUCGCAUAUUUUGUACCUUUCAAUUUUGAUUUCUCAAGAUCUAAGUUUUCAGCAAAUUCCAUAUCUGGUUGUAUUGAGGAGAAACUUUCCAUAUUCCAGCAUUCUAUAGAAUCCGAUGAUGCAAUUGUUAUCCUUCCAGAGCCAGUUGAUAGUGAGACCUAUUUGCCUUAUGUUGGUAAUGGCAAGGUAGCAGCAGCAUUUAAAACCCAAAAGGGGUUAUAUAUUCGUACAAACAGAGCUUUAUCAUUACCUGUUCAUUUCUACCCAAUAGUAGAAACCAAUGUCAGGGGACAUGAAUCAAAAGAAGCCCAUGUGCUUGACAUCAAAGCUGGCCUGGCUUACCAGAUUCAAUCAUUCAAGAAGGAAAGUGAAUGUGUAUCUGUUGGAUCACAGCUUUAUGCCCACAGAUCCCGUCCUUCAGUCCUUGUCCAGGACAUCAGGAUUCAUAACCAAUCUCCUAUUCCAGUUGUAUUGGAGUUACAUAGACCUACAGCACAAGACUGUAAGUGGUCAGCAAUGAACUAUGCUAGUGUCAGCUCUGUUGAUGGUGUACAAUUCCAAUAUGCAAACUGUGUAGUUGCCAUUCCGAACUCAGAGUUGGUUGUGGUUGUUGGCCUGGCUGUUGUUAAGAUACCUCCAUCUAUUCUUAUCAAAUCUAUGAGCACCAUAAAACUGCACAUUGUGACAGUCACUCACUACUCCUUACCUGUGCAGCCACAGCAUGUGAAAGGUCUGAAGGAGGAGCUUUCUUCUAAAGUUAUUUCUGAAAUGCGAGAAAUCCUUCACAUUGAUGAAAAGAAACUACGUCAAGAACACACACUUGUAUGGAGUAAGUUAUGGGAAAGUGGUAUCAGUAUAAGUCACUCUAAAGCAGCUAAUGCACUCAACGGUCACAAAAUUAAUGCUACUAUGUACUAUGUCCUCAGCAAUGUUCUUUCACCCAUGCAUGACUUCAGUACUUCUGAUGAAAGUCGAAAUGAAGUCCUCAGCAUCCUCCAUUAUCCUGAUCGCUGCUAUAGUGGGCAUUCAACCCUUUUCUCUUCCACUCUUUGGCUUGAUGCUGCUAGUGAAGAUGCCAUUGCUCGGAUUGUCACCACAUGGAUGAUCACAUUAGAGAAGCAAGGUUGCUCAGUGAUGGUCAAAUCUGGUGCUGAGGGAGUUCUUCAGGCUUUAGUACUUAGCAUUGGUGGUUUGCAUUUCACUAACCACCACUUAGAGCUCACUCUACAACCAAAAGACUUGCACCGAGACUUCUUUUUCCGACGUAUAAACUAUGGUAACAAUACCCAUUUGAAUAUAUCUGUGAUUGUUGGAGAAGACAACAAGGCUAACUUGUUUGUCUCCUUAGACAGAAAUAAUCGGCCUUACUAUGCCUGUGAUGCUGGCUGUAUAGACCCUCCUGUCAUGUUAAGUAAAAAGUGGGCACAGUUUCCUGUGAAGUUAACUAAUCCUAUCACCUCCAUUUUGUACAUCACUGCUGAUAAACUGCACAUGGAGGAACUGAAGCAUGCAAUCCAUGUGAGAGAAAUUGCAGAAGCUCCAGCACAUGAACAUCAUGUCAUAGCAUUACACAAACAUGGUCAUAAGUUUGGUGGGCUGCCUACCCUAUUUUGGGUGUCAAUUGCAUUCCUUGUGACUGUGUUCCAUCUCUUCCUUUUCAAGUUGAUCUACAAUGAGUACUGCCAGGGACAAGAGAUCUUCUCACGCUCCAAGUACAAUUUGUAAGGAAGACCUGGCUAACCCUAAUGCAUCAUCACCACGCUACCACCACCACCACCACCAC